CCCUCCCACUCCCCCUCGCCUCGAUCUCCUCCCCACCCCCACUCCACUCCACUAGGCGGACAAGUCACGCCACCAAAAACCUCUCUUCAUCCUACGACACCUGGUUCAUACACAGCCAAACUGCUUUCGCGUGUGCUCUGCCCCGGCGUACGUCGAUCGAUCGACCGGUCCGGCCACGUCGAUGGCGGACGCGGCCGGGAAGGCGCAGGCGGCCCGCGAGGUGUGCGCGGCGUCGGCGGCCUUCGCGUCCUGCCCGCACCGCCGCCGCUCCCCGCGCCGCGCAAUCUUCGUCGACUGGUACCUCGUCCUCGCCAUCGGCGAGGCCGCGUCGGAGGACGCCAUCAAGCGGCGGUACCGGCACCUCGCUCUGCAGCUGCACCCGGACAAGAACAGGCAUCCCAAGGCAGAGGUCGCCUUCAAGCUCGUCUCCGAGGCGCACGCGUGCCUGACGGACAAGGCGCGCCGGAGGGCCUUCGACGCCGAGCGCGCCACGGCCUUCUGCACGGCAUGCCACGACCGGGCAAGGGCCGCGACAAUGCCCUGCGCCCCGACCAAGCGCCGCACCGGCGACAGGAGGACGCCGCCGUCGUCCGCGGCAGCGUCCGCGCAGCAGCAGCAGCACAAUAAGGCCCGUGCCUCCGUCGCCAAGGCCAAGCAGCAGGGCGGCGGCGGGAGGCCGCCAGCGCCGGCGACGCAGGCGCUGCGGGAGGUGCAGAACCGGCUGCGGGACGAGUGCAGGGUCAUCGACGACUGCCUGCGCGCCAACGCAGCCGGGGCGCGCAGGCGCCAGUCCUUCCCGCUCUUCGACCCGUCCGACCGGCAGCGCUUCCCGGACUACCCGCACGCCCGGCCCCCGCCGUCGUUCGCCGAGUGCCGGCCGUUCGAGGAGGAGGAGCUCGGCGCGGGCCACGGCCACCAGAGCUGGUGCACAAACGGCAGCUGCGAGUCGCCGGUGUACCAGGUCAGGACCGCGCCGGAGCGCGCCGCGAGCACGAAGCGCCCUUGGUGAUAUAUGAUGUGCUCACAGGCUCACAGCAGACAGCACCAAUUAACUCGCUCUUUUUCAUCUCAUUUUGAAGUCAGAUUCUCAUAUUGAAGCAGAUAGCAGACAGCCAGAUUCUCAUAUUUGAAGUCCCUCACGUUUUACUACAGGAUAGAACUCAGAAGAUCUUUAUUCAUAUUUCUCCCGCUCGCUGAGAGGCUACCCACUUCACAUAAUUCACACUGCAUUAUUCUGCACAA